AAAAUAUUACAUCCUUCCUCAAUUCCCAUAUUCAAGACAGAUUGAGAAGCCCACAAUGGCGUCGGAAACCAACAUGGACCCUCCACUUUGUGCAAAAGGUUGCGGGUUCUAUGGCCUUGUGGCAAAGAAGAACAUGUGCUCGAUGUGCUAUGUUGACGAUCUAAAACAAGAACUGAUUGCCCAGUCACUCAAGGUAUAUGAAGAACUCAACAACUCAGUUACUAAUAGUUUGAAUAGUACUGGAUCAACUGCAACUGCAAGAACAAGGUGCUCCUGCUGCAAUAAAAAGUUGGGACUGCUGGGCUUUGACUGCAAAUGUGGUCUUGUGUUUUGUGGACAGCAUCGCUACCCGGAAAAACACUCUUGCUGUGUGGAUUUCAAGGCUGCCGGAAGGGAGGUUUUGGCCAUGCAAAACCCGCUUUGCAAGGCUGAUAAGAUGGAGUCGAGAAUAUAAUUAAAUUAUUAUAGAAAACCCUAGUAGAUGAUGAACUGAAGAACUUGUAUACAUAGUAAAUUGAUUACAAAUUUGUUGUACCUUUCUGGUUGAAUAUAUUCAUA